AUGGGGCUUCUCCUCAUGAAUCCAGCUGUACCGAGCGAUCUUGGCGUUGCAAUCCCACUCAACACGAACGCCCGGGGGCACUGCAGACGCACCGCCGAUCUGGACCAGCGCAUCGGGUGCAAAGGGACUCAGCCACCGCAGAGCAACUUCCGGGUCGAUAUAAGGUGCACUGACAUAUGGGCCGUUGUCCGCGGGCGGGUCAGCGACCUCCGUACCGGAGGUUGGGGUGUUUUCACCGGUGCUGGAGGUCUGUGGCUGACCAGGGAGGUCAGGGACCGAUUCAGGAUCCACGGGUCUUGGCGCAGCAACAACCAAGGCGAUCGCCGCCACGGUCUUCGCGUGCAGGCUGGCAUGCAUGCGACGCGUGGGUCGUCCGCUCCGAAGCGCCAGUCAUAUGCGCCUGCGCCACCAGACACGAACAGCGAGGCUAGCGCGAGCGCAGGCUCCAAUGGCAUAUCAUUCGGGAUGUACACGGGGAGUGUACUGGAUAUCCCAGUCCGGGGCUUCGGGGGCGGCAGAAGCGGUGGCACCAGCUCUCACGCUGAACAAUGCCUGCACGAUGCGAGUAGCGAGACCCAUGAGAGGGGCGCGCGGGGCGGAGAUCUCAUCGAUGCCGACGACGUGCAAGAUGCUGGACGCGAAAGAACCUUCGCGUCUUGCUUCCUGAUUGGCUCUGUUCGUCGAGUUGGCAACGUCACGCUCAGUAUAGUCAACAAGACCGCGGUCCUGGGUCACCUUGGUGUGGUGAUCCAGAGGUAUCAAGGGCUUUGUCUCUGCGAUAGACACGAUGUCGACAUGCUCGGCUACCAGCGGCUGUGGCUUCGGAAUGGGCUUCAUGUUGACAUUCUUAGGACCUUUCAGCGGCUUCUCCUCCACAAUGGGCACGGUGUCGACCUGCAGCUCAGUCAUACUGGAUCCGGUGCUGGAUGCAAUCGGCUCAGAGCGCACAGCUUCAGCAACAAGAGUCAUUGUGAACAGCAGGAGAGAGAAGCUGUGACGAGAUAA